AUGCGUAUGUUAUGUCGAUUUCUUCCAGAAGAUGCUCUAAGGAUCCAGUUUCGUAACGAAGAUGACGUGCUUAACUACAAGUGUGGAGCGGACUUCGUCAAGAUUGAACAAAUUCUUCCUAUAAACUUUGACGAUGUUGAUGUGACAGCGAAGUGUGCUUCAUUUGAUGGUGACGCAGACAGAUUGAUAUAUUUCAGAGCUGCUGGAGAUAAAGACAAGGUAACUCUUAUGGAUGGCGACAAAAUUGCAGUGCUAAUUGCGAGAUAUAUCAAAGAGGCUCUAGAUGCUGCUGGGAUCACCGAUCUCACAUUGGGCGUUGUGCAGACUGCUUACGCAAAUGGAAAUUCUACAAAAUAUCUAAGGGAUGUUGCGGUAAGCGGAGCACUGUUUCUCUAG